AGCGGUAGAAAGCGGAGGAAGGAAACGGUAAGUUUUUGUAGCGGUUUCGCCUUCGCCUUAUCGCGUAUGAUCCAGUAUGAUCGCGUAGGAAAUACUGGGAAAUUGGUACGCGAUUCAAUUUGUCGGCUUUUUGACUUAUUUUAUAUUAAUUCUGUCAUUCUUAUUGUAAUUAGAUCCAAGACCAAAACAUAUUUGAAAAAUUGACAGACAUAAACAAUAGUAAAAUUAUUUUCACAAACGUUUUGUAAUACUAUUUCAGCCUAGAACAGAGCACCAAUGACUUCAGAACAUAAAGUAAUACCAUUGCCAAAAUUGCAUAGGCGCAAAUUUCUUGGCAUUUCUGAUAUGAUCAAGAGUUUUUCACCGAAGAGGAAAGAAAAUGCAAUAAAAAGACAUACAUCGGAAGAAACUGGUGGCAUCGUAAAAUUAUUAAAAACGGAGGAAAAUUGUACAGUGUCCAGAGCUAGAGCAGCUUUGUUUCAGGAUAAUAUCUAUGAAACAAAAAUCAAGAACUUCAUGUUGAGUACUAACAGUUUUUAUAGUAAAGCUAAUACAGAGGCAAAAUACAGUUACACGUUUACUUCGUAUGUAUCAUCGGAACAAAAACCACAUAGAAAAAGUUUUUCAGGGCAGGUGCAUCAUAGUAAACAAUCUAUGAAAAGACACACAAUAGGGGGAGUCAAUGGUGGGGUAUCGCAUGGAAUCAAAAAACCAAAACGAAAACCUAAUGUGCAUACUAUGAAAAAUACUGUAAUCGAUUCUGCAAAAAAUAAUACAACAGGGUCUACACAAAAUAUUUCGAAUAUACAGAAAGAUCUUUCGGAAGUAGCAAAGAUACAAGAUACGAGAACACCUGUUACAGUAUCGAUUGAAAGGUCUCCGACGCCGGAAAUUGAUCUUACUAAGCGAUUUUUCAAACUUAAAGGAACGUCAAAAAGAAAUGAUGCAGCCACUGUAACAAUAAAUAAUAAUGUCAAAUUAAAGGUCGUCUCGGAUAGCAAAGUAUUACCAAAUCAAGAGAACUUUCAAUCUGUUUCGCAAACACAUAAACGGCCAAAGCUAAUGGAUAUAUCAUUCGAUACCACUGAUCUGACAGUAGAUGAACCAGAGUUAGAAAUCACUAUAGAGAAAAAUAAAGUUGCCAAUAUACUAAAAGCAUUGGAAGAUGAUUGGGCAGAUGAUGACUAUGACAAAAUGGAGAAACUAACAAACAGAAAUUUUGUCCAUAUUUCUCCAAUAAAACCAGUAGCAAUUCUAAAAGAUGUUAUUAUGUUUCCAGCAACUGAACUUAGUAACACGACGUCGAGUAUGAACAUUAAAGACAUUAGUACACAAUUAACAUUUGAAAAUAUUUCUUUAGAUGGUAAUGAAAAUAAUAUCAAAGAGAACGAACCCAAAUAUUAUCCAUUAUUCUAUAAAGAUCACUUCUCUAAUAAAAUAUACGAAGAAAUUGGUAAAAAAUCAGUACAUAAUACAAAAAAUACAAUAAAUUGGCAGUUAUCGAGAAAACAAAUUCGUAAUGUGAAUCAGUAUCAGUUAGAUGCAGGACAAAAAAAUUUCGGAGCAACACAGUGUACAGAAUGUGGUGUUGUGUAUCAGAUAGGUGAUCCUAUAGACGAAAAUGCUCAUCUAAAUUAUCACAAUAACAGGAAAAGUCUAAAGUUUUCUGGUUGGAAGACAGAACGUGUCAUUAUGGACGAUCCUCUCAGGAUCAGUCGAGUGAUCUUGGUAGAGCCAAAUGAUCCGAAACAAUGUUGGAAUAAGAUAGCAGAUGUGUUAGCAUACGUGAACAGAGAUUUAGGAUUACCUGACACAAAACUAUCAGAUUUUGAGCACAAAAAAGUGUACUUAUAUGUAAGGGAUAAAACUGUCUUAGGAGUGUUAGUUGCAGAACAUAUAACUACUGCACAUCGUAUGAUACCAGAAUUACUGGAAUUAGAUUGUUGUACAGCAGAAAGUACACCUGCCAAAUGCGGUAUUGAUAUUGUAUGGACUGAUAUGAAUCAUCGUAGACAAGGCAUCGCUUCUAAACUACUAGAUACAUUAAGACCUCAUUUUUUAUACGGAUAUGUAAUGUCUGUGGACGAUAUCGCAUUUUCAAUUCCGUCGCCGAGUGGUAAAAAAUUUGCUGAAAACUAUACCAAAACCCGAAAUUAUAAGGUUUACUGUUAA